AGUCCCCGCCUCGCUCCUGCUGAUGUUCCCGCUCCCGCCCCGCUCCCGUCACAGUCCGUUCGCGUCCCGUCCCGGGCGGAGGAGCGGGAUGUGCGAUCCGGCCGUGUCCAGCUUCCUCACCCAGACGCUGUGCGCCCAUGGCGGGCGGCUGGGGCUGCGGGAGCUGCAGGAGAACGUCGGGCUGUCGGCGCUGCAGCUGCAGGACACGCUGUCGGCGGCGGGCCCCCGGCGGUUCCUGCUGCUGGAGGGCGGCCAGGUGGUCCUGGCCGUGACGGACGCGCGGGUCUGUGUCCGCAAGGAGUGCGACGGCUGCGAGCGGCUGCACCUCUGCAAGCAGCACCUCAUGGGCAGGUGCCACCUGGGGCCCAGCUCUUGUAAGUACUCGCAUGACAUCAUGAAUGCAGAGAACAAGAAAGUUCUAAAAAAUCAUGAUUUGUCUGGCCUCAGUGAGAAUGAGCUGCAAGUCCUGCUUCUCCAGAAUGAUGCAUUCUUCCUCCCUGAUACCUGCCAGUUAUACAACAAAAAAGGUUAUCACUGCAAACAGCAAAGCAACUGCGACAAGCUUCAUGUUUGUUACUAUUUUCUCAAGGGGAAGUGUAAAUUUCCUCAGUGCCUAAUGUCCCAUAACCUCUUGGAUGACCAUGCAUUGAGAGUGUUGGAAACUGUAGGCAUUGAUGGGAAGAUAGCUUCAAACUUCCAGGCCAUAUAUAAUUACAAGCAUAUGGAAUUCAACAGGGAACCGAAGAAGGUGUAUGUACACAACAACAGAAAUAAUAAUUUGAAAAAGCCUGUAGUUGGAAGGACUAAAGAAGUGAAGACAACUUUGGAAACAGUGCAGUGCAUGCUGGAUGUGCCACCUUCAAAAGGUCCCAGUAGCUCUGCACCUGCCCAGAGCCGAGACCAGUUGCCAACAGGAGCAGGCGGUAAAGAUAAAGGGUUGUCUGCAAAUUCAACACCCAGUAGCACUGCACCUGCCCAGAGCCAAGACCAGCUGCCAGCAGGAGUGGGAGGUAAAGAUAAAGGGUUAUCUGCAAAUUCAACACCCAGUAGCACUGCACCUGCCCAGAGCCGAGACCAGUUGCCAACUGGAGCAGGAGAUAAAGGGAAAAAGAACAGUUCCUCUGAUGAAGCUUCAAAGGACAACAAAAAAGAUAACUGUGAUGAGAUCUGUUUGUUCUAUGUCUGGAAGUACUGCAAAAACAAGGAUAGAUGCCAAUCUGUUCAUUACCAUUUGCCAUAUAAAUGGGAGGUACAUGAUGGGUUGACCUGGAAAGAACUUUCCAUGAUGGAGGAAAUUGAAAAGGCCUACUGUGACCCAAAGAACAGCAGCUUUCCAAGUAAGAACAUUAAUUUCCAGACAAUGACCUGCUCUUCUUCUUUGGUUCGACGCCUCUCUACACCAUCAUCAGUCACCAAACCCACAUUCCUGCUGACCACACAGUGGAUUUGGUACUGGAAGAACAACCAAGACAAGUGGAUUGAAUAUGGAGAACCGGAAGAAGGGACCAGCACGACUUCACCAUCUUCUGCUAUUAUUGAGAAUUUGUAUCAAGCAGAUCCAUGUGCCAUUGUACCUUUCCAGGCUGGCCAACAUCAGUAUGAGCUCAAUUUUAAAGAAAUGAUUCAGACAAAUAUUCAUUUUAAAACUCGAAGACAGGUUUGCAGGCGACCAAAAUAUGUGUCUUCUGAAGAUGUGCAGAAGAUAAAGACAGGCAGCCAGAGGGAUUCUUCUAUUCCAAAUCAGAGCUGUCCUAGUCACUGGGAUGCAUCUGCACUGCCUGACUUCGGAUAUAAGGCUGUGGUGAUCAGCAACACAACCUCUGAAUACAAUGAAAUAAAGCAGCUGUUUCAUCAGACUAUGAAAAAUUACAGCAUCCUUAAAAUACAGAGGAUUCAGAACCCAUCCCUCUGGAAGGUGUUUCAGUGGCAAAAAGAAAAGAUGAAAAAGGAAAAUGGAGGAAAGGAAGUGCAGGAAAAACGCCUCUUCCACGGAGCUGACGUCGCCUUCAAGGAAACGAUCUGCAGUCAGAACUUUGACUGGAGAAUUUGUGGAAGCAAUGGAACUAACUAUGGGAAGGGAAGUUACUUUGCUAGAGAUGCUUGCUAUUCUCACACCUACUGUCAGACCACGCUGCAGGGACACUCCAUGUUCGUGGCUCGUGUUCUGGUUGGAGACUACGUGAAAGGCAACGCCGCCUACGUCCGGCCCCCAAUGAAGUGUGCUGCCAAGCUGUGGCUGUAUGACAGCUGUGUGGAUAAUGAGUUCAAUCCUGCUGUUUUUGUUGUCUUUGAAAAACACCAGAUUUACCCAGAGUACAUCAUAGAGUAUAAAGAGGAGAGAAUAAGUGAGCAGAAAGACACAGGAACAAGUGCGCAAAAAGAGACAGGAACAAGAGCCUCUAGAGAGGAGGGAAGAAAAUGUGUCAUAUCUUAGAGGAACGUGGCAGUUUGUGUCCAUCAUCUUGUUUUUCAUAUUGCAGGUGUUCUACUUAGUGACUUUUUUCUUUUUAAUACAGUUCUUCAGAAUGUUAAUCCAAUUUCUGCAUUGAGGAGGGCUGGCAAAGCAGAUGUUACAUUUGUUGUGACUGCCUUCUUCCUCUCUUAAACGAAACACAGACAUUGUGAUAACCAUAGAAAAAUCAGAAUUGUGGGAUGGGAAAUUGAAUGUUAUGACUGCUGUGAGCAAGUAAUUGUAAAUGCAUCGUCUAAAAAAAUAGAGAGGACUUCUCUUUGCAAACAGUUAAAAGAAAAAUUAACACUACAGUAGUUUUAAAGGAAGCUGUCAGGUUUUUAGUAGCCAGAAAUUCUUUUCAGUGCAGAACUCACCUGUUCUUGAUCCUCUCAUCUAUCAUUAUUAUAAACAACUCAGUGUAGGUAAUAAUGACUUGAGUUUGUUUUCAAAGCACUGCUUGUUAAUGCUGGUACAUGUUUUGAGUUAAAAUGAUAAACAAAAAAAGGAAAAGCAUAUUGUAAAUCCAUGUUGUUAGUUCUCGAGAAUUUUCAUCUGUACAAUGGCAGAUGGAUCAGAAAGCUGUUGGAUCAGAUUCUUUGUGGAAAUGAGCAGUAACUUGCUGUAACCUACACAAAGGCAGAGCUCAGCUGAAACUGUGAAAGCCACCACAUGUGAGUAAGCAGCUACCAAAAUGUGGUGGUUUGGCUGCAACUAAUGGCACAAGGACAUAAAGGCUGUGUCCCAAGGAGCCAGGCUUUCCAGUGGGUGUGUCCACGUAGCACAGUAGGACAGGAGAAAUUCCUUAAGGAUCAUGGAGAUGUUCUGUCCUGUUUGUGCAGUAAUUUUCGUUUUUCAGAUUAGAAUGGGACCAAGAGAGACCACUUAGGUUCUCCUGAGGCCAGUGGUAGAACUGCUGUCCCAAGGUACUGUCUGCAUGUUCUGCUGCCCAUUUGCAUGGGGCAGGGUGCUGACAAGUGAGGGUCCUCUUUCUGAUUUGGGGGUGAUCCUGGGUCAGAAACCUCUGCAAUUUCUACUGGAUGUUAGCAGGGAGUCUGUAAGUGGAUCAAACUGAAGGCCCUCUGUACAAAAUGCCAUAUUUAGGCAGUUUUAGCUGUUCAGAGGGAAGCUGGGACUGAGGACAGAGGAGCAAUAAUUUUUACCUUCAGAUAAGUUUUACAGAAAGCCAAUAGCCUCUAAGGUUUUUGCAUCUGUGAUAGAAAUCUGUCAAUCGCUCAAAGAUAGCAAGUUCUUCCCAAGUAGAACGGAAAAGAUAAAUCCAGAAAAUCUUACUGAAAUUACUUAAAACUAAAUGAAAACACGUGGAGAAGAUUUUAUCACUUUUAAAGAUCUUUCUUUCUCUUGUUUGCCUGUAGAAUUCCUGAAUUACUGAGCUUGCUGUAUUUGCAAAUAAACCCUGUGUUCAGGCA